AUGGACGCCGCCCGCGGUGGCGGCCACAGCAGCGCCGCCUCCGCCUUCGCCGCCGGCAUCGCGGAGGAGGCGGCGCGGCUGUGGUCGGAGCUCCAGCUCCCCGUGCGCGUGGACUGGGCGGCCGUGGCGGCGCAAUGCGCGUCCCUGUGGGCGCACGCGCGGGCGCUGCUGCUCGUGCCGGCGGUGCGGCUCCUGGUGUUCCUGUCGCUGGCGAUGACGGUCAUGAUACUGGUGGAGAAGCUCUUCGUCUGCGCCGUGUGCCUCGUCGUCAGGGCGUUCCGGCUCGGCCCGCACCUCCGGUACCACUGGGAGCCCAUCAUCGCCGGCAGCGCCGACGGGGGAGACGAGGAGUCCGGCGGCCACGGCGGCGGCGGCGAAGCCAAGUACCCCGUGGUGCUGGUGCAGAUCCCCAUGUACAACGAGCGCGAGGUGUACAAGCUGUCGAUCGGGGCGGCAUGUGCGCUGGAGUGGCCGUCGGAGCGCUUCGUGAUCCAGGUGCUGGACGACUCCACGGACCCCGUUGUAAAGGAUUUGGUGGAGAUGGAAUGCCAGAGAUGGAAGAGCAAAGGCGUUAACAUAAAGUACGAGGUCAGGGGGAAUCGGAAGGGGUACAAGGCCGGCGCACUCAAGGAAGGAUUGAAGCAUGAAUAUGUCAAAGACUGCGAAUACAUUGCUAUGUUUGACGCUGACUUCCAGCCCGAGUCCGAUUUUCUCCUGAGGACUAUCCCGUUCCUCGUGCACAACCCAGAGAUUGCCCUCGUCCAGACUCGCUGGAAAUUUGUUAAUUCUGAUGAGUGUCUGCUGACAAGAUUCCAAGAAAUGUCGUUAGACUACCAUUUCAAGUAUGAGCAGGAGGCAGGGUCCUCAGUGUAUUCAUUCUUUGGCUUCAAUGGGACAGCUGGUGUCUGGAGGAUUUCAGCGAUCGAUGAUGCCGGGGGCUGGAAGGACCGGACGACAGUGGAAGAUAUGGACCUGGCUGUCCGUGCGAUGCUGCAGGGAUGGAAAUUCGUUUACGUCGGUGACAUAAAAGUCAAGAGUGAAUUACCUAGCACAUUCAAGGCAUACCGGUUUCAGCAGCAUAGGUGGUCAUGUGGGCCGGCAAACCUGUUCAAGAAAAUGAUGGUAGAGAUUGUAGAAAACAAGAAAGUGUCACUGUGGAGUAAAAUCCACUUAUGGUACGAUUUCUUCUUCGUUGGGAAGGUUGCUGCUCAUACGGUGACAUUCAUCUAUUACUGCUUUGCGAUCCCUUUGUCUGUUUUGCUCCCUGAGAUUCAGAUCCCUCUCUGGGGAGUUGUUUAUGUCCCGACAGCGAUAACCCUCUUGAAGGCUCUUGGCACACCGAGUUCAUUUCACCUGGUGAUCCUCUGGGUUCUGUUUGAGAAUGUCAUGUCGUUGCACCGGAUUAAAGCUGCAGUAAGUGGUCUUCUGGAUGCUGGUGGACGAGUCAAUGAGUGGGUUGUCACUGAGAAGUUGGGCGACACCAGCAAGGCAAAGCCUGGCACCAAUGGAUCAGAUGCUGUAAAGGUGAUAGAUGUUAAGCUAACAGAGCCCCUUAUUCCGAAGCUAGUGAAGAGGCGAGCAAGAUUUUGGGAGAGGUACCACUGCUCAGAACUUUUCGUUGGAACCUGCAUACUUCUGUGUGGUUUCUAUGACUUGCUUCUUGCAAAUAAGGGAUACUACAUUUUUCUCUUCCUUCAAGGCACGGCUUUCCUUGUUGUUGGUUUUGGCAGCAUUUUGUUCACAUCCCGUAGAGAUGCAGUUCACAGUGGUGAAAGAAUUGCAGCUGAUGUAAAUGGAAUAGCACUAGCUGCCAAUUUAUGUAGAUCUCCGAACUCGUAG